AUGGACAAGCAUCCGCAUAUGAGAGGUAACUAUGUAGCCAUGGAUAAUGCGCCCAUUAAUACGCAUGAAAACAUAAAGAAGUAUAUUGAGUAUCGAGGUUAUAAGUGUGUGUAUCCUCCUACUUAUUCCCCUGAACUUAAUCCAAUUGAACAAUUUUGGGCAGUGGCAAAGAGUAAAAAUACAAUCGUGACAAACAUCUCUGGUGAGGACGUUACGCGCAAAAGAGUUUUAUGCAAACGUCAACUCUUGGCUGCACAAGGCGAUACGCUUAAUUUGGCCAUCGUUAAUCAGCAGAUACAUGCUGAGCCUACAAUCACAGCUUUAUUCACACCCAUACCCACUGAUUUGAGACCUGAUGAACCUACAAUCAUCGAAUUAGUACUUACUGAAGAUAAAUCAGAAUUUACAUGGCAAACAUCUCUGAAACGAUCAAUUGAAACCUUAGAAGUAGAUUUAAAGCAAAAGAAGCAGGAAGCUCACGCUAUUAAAAAAAAAAUUGAAAUAUUAAAGAAACAGCUGUGA